AUGGAUGCAGCCGAGGCAGACAAUAUUGACCAGCAGGACCAGCAACAUCAACCGUUGCCCGAGCGCAGACAACGCAAAUCCGUCGUCUUCAAUUCCGAGGCCCUCGUAGUCGAAGCCGACGGCAAAGUUACCACCAUGGCAUCCGAAGACACCAAGGACACCGCCCUAUCCCAUACUCCCCGUACGCCGCCGCUCUCUGCCGCUCUUGGCGCCUUUGCUGAUGCCAGAGAAGCACCUGCCGAAGAGGACGCCCCCCUAGUGGAAGAUGGCGGCCUCGAUUUGCUAAAGAAAAAGAAGAAGAAGGUCAAGAAGGCGGAAGACGGCGAAGGAGGGGAGGCGGAUGGCGCCGCCGAUGGUGCUGCAGACGGUGGCGGUCUGGAUCUAACCCUGAAGAAGAAAAAGAAGAAGAAGGCUCCCAAGGCUGGCGAAGGUGACGACUUCGCCGCCAAGUUGGCAGCUCUCGAUCUGGAGAAGGACGGCGACGCAGAUGGUGCUGAGGCCAAGGUCGAUGACCAAGCCGGUGAUAUGGACGAGGGCACCGGCAUCUGGGGCCACGACGAGACCAAGCUCAUCAGCUACGACUUACUUCUGGGUCGCUUCUUCAGCCUCCUGGCCCAGAAGAACCCAGACCAUGCCUCCAGCGGCUCGCGAAGCUACAAAAUCCCGCCUCCGCAGUGCUUACGUGAAGGCAACAAGAAGACUAUCUUCGCAAAUAUCCAGGAAAUCACCAAGCGAAUGAAGCGGAGCGAAGAGCACGUCACGGCAUACCUCUUCGCCGAAUUAGGUACGAACGGCUCAGUCGACGGAAGCAGACGGCUGGUCAUCAAGGGACGAUUCCAACAGAAGCAGAUCGAAAACGUCCUAAGAAAGUAUAUUAUCGAAUACGUAACUUGCAAGACCUGCAGAUCGCCUGACACAGAACUCAACAAGGGAGAGAACCGUCUCUACUUCAUCACGUGCAACUCGUGCGGAUCCCGGCGGUCCGUCACCGCCAUCAAGACGGGUUUCUCUGCCCAGGUCGGCAAGAGAAAGAAGCUCCAAGGCUAA